UUUUUCGAUUUGCAAUAGUAGUUUUCAAUUAUCAAAAUGGUUUGAUUUUAAAUGAAAUGUUUCCCGUACAUUCAACACUAACAAUAGAAUUUCCUUUUUAAUCCUUAAUUGCCAGCGCACACACACAUACAAAAGAUAUAAAAAGUAAUAAAAAAAAGAAUAUGACAUUAUUUGACCACAGACAACAAAAAAAAUGUGAGAGAAACUACAACAAUCAGAAAUUUUAAUCAUGUCAAUAUGAGUGUGAGCAUACAGCAAAAAUAGAAAAAAAUGAAAAGCCACUCAAUUGUGAAAUAGAAGGACAAAUUUCCGAAAACAACAAAAACUAAAUAGUAAAAAGUUAGCAACACUAACACACACUCACACAAAUGACAACAAUUACUAACAACCCUAAAUUGGCAACAUGAAUAUGGAGCAACAACAACAACAGCAGCAACAGCAGUAUUCUAUAGUACCGCCACCACCUUCUUCAACAUGUAUAACCACAACGAUGGCUUCAUCUUUAAACUCCAGCGGGGAAUAUGUCAAUGUACCCACUUCAUAUGUAACCAUAGGCAUGAUGCCGCCUCCUUCACAAGCAGCGCCUACACCCACAUCUAUGGCCAUGGCGGUGGGGGCAGGACAAAACAUAUCAUCAACGGGCUCUUCAACGUCCACUUUUAAAACCCCCCUUCUACCCAUGCCCACACUGGAGGACAUAGAAGUGGGUUUGUGCAAUAGUUCUUCAAAUAGCAACAUGCCACCAGGUAUUUUGAAAUACACCACAACAGCCACCACAAGUUUAAAUAUGCCACCACCACCUGCUUUGGGUAUGGGACCAGGACCACCAAAUUUAAAUCAAAUGUCCUCUAUGUCCUCACCGCCUCAAACCACACCACCCUCCGUUCUAAACUUGCCGGCUUUGGUAUCACAGCAGCACAACAUGUCUGUGGUAACACCUCCGCCACCACCUUCUAACAAUUUAUCCUUAGGCUCCAAUUCUACAAUGGGGGAUGGUUCCUCCACAUGUGGUACCCUAAAAAGUUCGGCCAAAUUACAACAACAACAAACACCCGCCAAUCUAAACGCUACUACCACCAGCAAUAUAGCUGCUGGUACUAUUGCCUCGGUGGUCGCAAAUAAUUGCAAUAACAUUAACAUCAACAAUACAACAUCUAAUAGCAGCAGUACAGUGCCUUUAAAUCUCCACAGUACAACUGCCAAUUCCAGCAAAACAAGCAGUAGAAGUAAUUUACAUAAUCGACCCGCCUCUCCAAAAUGUUGUUCUUGUUUUGGUGGCGGUGGCAGUUCGAGCACAAACAACCACACUAGAGGGCGCAACACAAACAAAUCAUCAUCAUCGAUACCAACGAAAUCCCAGGGCUAUGGACAAACGAAGGGUCGACGUCAUAGUCGUCAUAAUGCCCAAACAUUCUGGUCGGCUGUAUUAACCAAUCUGGGUAUAUGUGCUCUACUGCUGGCCUAUACUUUAUUAGGUUCUUUUAUAUUUUUAACAAUUGAAAGUGAAGAUUCGGCUUACUUGCAACAACAACGAACAUUGGCCUCAACAAAACGCAACAUACAACCGCACAAACAGCACACGGGGACAACAGGAAGUGGGGUGGCUGGCAGUGGUAGUAGUAGUAGCAGUAGUAUAAGUGGGAGUGCUAAUGGAGCAGCUUUAGCCGGCACAACAAAUAACAAUAUUUAUCAAACACAACAACAACAGCAGCAACAACAUACUCCUCCCUUACAUUACGAUAAUGCCACAAUAAAUGCACCAGCUACAUCAUCCUCCUCCACCUCCGCUUCCUCCCCCCAAAUGAUGGAGGGCAUGAUAUCAUUGCAAAACAAUGAUUUUAGUUAUGGUGAUGAUUUUACGCCACAGUAUGCCUUGUCACCGGAUACUUAUGAUGUACGUCAAAGGACUAUUGAAAAUAUAUGGGAUAUAACCGUAUCCUUAAAUAUUUUAUACAAAGAAAAUUGGACAAAAUUGGCUGCUUUAGAAAUUGCAAAAUUUCAAGACCAAUUAAUUAAGAGACUGAAUGAGGAUGCUCUACUACAAUUGCCACACGAGGCGGAUGUUAAUGGCCAGACACCAGCAACGGAAGCUGUUUUACUAUUCCAUCAACAUGGUCUAACACCGCAUCAUGCGCAUCAUCAUCAUCAUGAAUGGAAUUUUGCCCGGGCCUUUCUCUAUUCCCUAACUGUGUUAACCACAAUUGGUUAUGGCAACAUAGCACCACGCACUACCCUGGGAAGACUAGUAACAUUGGCCUAUGCCUUCUUUGGCAUACCCCUAACCCUGGUAUAUCUUUCCAGCACGGGUGGCAUUUUAGCCAAGGUAGCACGCGAGGUAUUCUCCAAAGCAUUAUGCUGUUGCUUAUGCUCCAACUGUGGUUACUGCUGCUACGAUGAAAAACGUAUGGCGGAAAAGGAGAGACGCAUGAAACGUAAACGCCAGCAGGAAGAGCUGCGCAAACAGCAACAGGCCAUGCAAGAACCUUACUAUGUCAGAUCAGGCUCUAUGCCCGAUAACUUUCAAACGCCCGAGAAACAAUCAUUAGGCAAUAAUAGCAUACAAAUGCCCGACCUAGACUCGCUAAGUGCCAGUGAGUCUAGAGGCAGUAUGCAUGGCUUAGCCAUAUUGGCUCCCAUUUUAUUAUGUUUUUCCAUGAUGAUUAUCUAUAUACUCUUUGGGGCUGUGGUAUUAUAUAGGCUAGAAGAAUGGCCUCUACUGGAUGGUAUUUAUUUUUGUUUUAUGAGUUUAUCUACCAUAGGAUUUGGUGAUAUGAUGCCCGGUUUCCGUCAUGAUUCAAAUACCACCAUAUGGUUUUGUUCCAUUUAUAUAAUGUCGGGUAUGGCUUUGACAGCUAUGUGUUUUAAUGUCAUACAUGAGGAGAUAGUAAAUCGCAUAAAAAUUGUGGUGGAAUUUAAGAAAUCCACGGCUUUGGAUACAACGAAUGAAGAGGCUAACUAUUAUAUGCCGCCCUGACAAUAUGAAAAGAAACAGAAUUUAUAUCAAAGAAAUCCCACCGAAGAAACUUUGGUUACGGGCACUCCCACUUCUUUAGUGUUUGGCUCUCACAAUGACUCGGAUUUGAGUAAUAUACACAAUUUAAAAGAUUAUGUCAAUCAUGAGCUAGUGCCUAUCUUAACUAUGGAUCCAAAUUCAACGGCUUCAACUUCUAGUAAUCUGUUAAAAUCAAAUGUAAAUUUACCCUUA